UUUAUUCUGCAAAAUUGCACCAACAAAAGAAAGGGCAGGAAGUUAGAAAACAAAAUCCUCACAGACCUUUUUUUCAUCCUCUUCAAAUUAAAAUCUCUUUCAGGGGAAAGUUGGGGCUUGGAAUUUUGGUGAAACCCCCCAAUUGUGGGUACCCAGGCCAAUUGAAUAUCAAGCACCCAACUAAGUGAAGGAGAAGAAAGUCGAGGUUUGACAUUCCUCUUUUGAAUUAGCGUGUUUUUGGUUUUGUUCUUAAAUUUCCACCGGAAGUCCCUAACUAGCAGAGAUGGGUAGGGAGAACAAAGCCGCCUGGAAAGCCAACUACUUUGUUAAAGUUGUGCAACUUUUUGACGAGUAUCCAAAAUGCUUCAUCGUCGGUGCCGACAACGUGGGAUCACGUCAAAUGCAGACGAUCCGUACGUCCCUCAGAGGCCUGGCUGUGGUACUCAUGGGGAAGAACACCAUGAUGCGGAAGGCAAUCCGCGGGCAUUUGGAGAACAAUGCCAACCUGGAGAAGCUUCUGCCCCACAUUCGUGGCAAUGUGGGCUUUGUCUUCACCAAGGGUGACCUCAAUGAGGUGCGUGACAAGCUGACCGAGAGCAAGGUGCGUGCUCCUGCCCGUGCUGGUGCUAUUGCCCCGCUAGAGGUCAUCAUUCCCGCCCAGAACACCGGGUUGGGUCCCGAGAAGACUUCCUUCUUCCAAGCGCUGUCCAUUCCCACGAAAAUCUCCAAGGGUACCAUUGAAAUCAUCAAUGAUGUGCCUAUCUUGAAGCCCGGAGACAAAGUGGGUGCCUCCGAAGCUGCUCUGCUCAACAUGUUGAACAUCUCGCCGUUCCAGUACGGUUUGCUCAUUGAGCAGGUGUACGAUUCCGGAAGUAUCUUCUCCCCGGAGAUCUUGGACAUCAAACCGGAGGACAUUCGCGCCAAGUUCCAACAAGGUGUGGCCAAUUUGGCUGCUGUGUGCUUGUCGAUUGGCUACCCAACACUCGCAUCGGCACCCCACAGCAUUGCCAAUGGGUUCAAGAAUCUUCUCGCCAUUGCCGCCACCACCGAAGUGGAAUUCGCCGAAGCCACCACCAUCAAGGAAUUCAUCAAGGACCCAAGCAAAUUCGCUGCUGCUGCUGCUGUUGUUGCUCCCGCAGCCAAGGCUGAUGCCCCAGCUGCUGAGGCCAAGAAGGAGGAGAAGAAGGAAGAGUCCGAGAGUGAGGACGACGAUAUGGGCUUCGGGCUCUUUGAAUAAAAUUUAUUCAUCAACAAUCUAUCUUGUGAUAUCAUGGGGAAUGCACGACAUGGGAAAUCUCUGGGGGUUGCCCUCAUCACGACGACUUCUCCUCUCCCUCCGCGUCUUUCCGGACACACCACAAACGAUGAUGUACAAGCAAGAUACUGUCAUGAAUAAAUGAAUCAGGAACAUACACAA